CGCUAGGGGGCAGAACGACUUUACGCUGAUUUGAUUUUACUCGAGACGAAUGUUGAGUUAAAUUGUUGCUCAUCGUGAAGAAAGAAAUAACAAAGUAGUUUCAAAGAAAGAAAAGUAGUUUCAAAGAAAGAUGAAUGGUUGGGAUCAGGAAGUUUACUGCCUUUUGUGUGGCAAGCCCCAGUCCGGUCUUUCUGAUCAUCUAAGAACAGCAUGCAUGAAGGAGAAUGUUGAUGCUCAGCUUAUUGAUCAAGAAGUGCUGAGGGCCAAAGAAUCGCAGAUGAAGUGGUCAAAAGAGGGAAGAAUUAUUAACAUUGCAGAGGUGAAGAAGAUUGUGAAGAGGGACGCUUCGUUCCGUGACUUGGCCGAGUAUUUUGAGAAACAGGGAUUUUUCAUAACGAAUCAGGAAAGUUCCUCCAAGAAGGAGGUGAUUGCUCUGGCAAAGGCCGAAAUUGAAGAUGUUUAUAAAAGACUUGUUGAAAAAAAACGUGUUGCUAGUAAGAACCAGACAACCUUCCGCAAUUAUUGUGUGGCCACAUUGAUGUAUAUGCACAACCAGUCUCCUAAGAGCAUUGUUGAAUUCAAGGUACAGGAUUGGAAUAAUAGAAGACAGGAAGGAGACAAAGUCCUUUUACAGCUUCCUAAAAAACACACUUUUAAACUCAGCAAGACAGAAGACAUGUUUUUAGACUGUUACUUCUGUAACAUACGGCCUGGGUAUUUGAAGAACAGCUACAACAAGAAAUAUGAGAACUUCUUCUUGACCUCAUCAGGAGUUCCCCUUUCGAAUCCCACUGCAGAUGUGGAUCACCUAUGGAGGAAAUAUGGAUCAGUGGCGCAGAGAAGAGGAUCCCCAACAGAUGCAAUGCCAGAGGAGCAACAGAGUGCUGAAUGUAUCUCACCUUUAAGUUUAUGGUUUGCCUUCGAGGAUAAGUUUCCUAUCACAUUGCAUGGAAAAGCUCCUACACAAAAGCAGGCAACAGAAGCAGGUUUUGUGAAAAACCGUAGAUUGUAUUUCCAAUGGAGAGGUGUGCAGUAUAAACAGCGUGUGCAAUAUGUACUGGAGCGCUUCACCAGGGAGACUGAUGCCAAACCCAAGCCAUCUCAAAUCCAGCGCAUCAUUGAUACGACCACAUGGACCACUAACAUUCCGACCGUGGAUGACGUUCUGCUGGCAUGGAUCCCUCUUGCCCGUACGUCUCCUGCUCAGAUUGAAACUGAUGUGUCCACAAGAAACUCAGUCACCGAGCAGUACGUGGAAGAGCCGGCUACUGAAAAUGAGAAAGAGGUUGAAAAUGAUGCAUCUGAAAUUAGUUUAGUCUCCGAGCAGCAAGGGGAAGAGCUGUCAAUUAAAAAAGAGGAAGAGGUUGAUGAUAUAUUUGCAAUGAUUUCAAUCAGCAAGCAGCAGUGGAAAGAACUUGCUGUUAAAAAAGAGGAAGAUGUUGAAGAUAAUGUGUCCUUACUAAAUUUAGUCACAGAGCAGCAGUGGACAGAGCUGGGUAUCAAACAGGAGGAAGAGAUCAUGGCCACAAUGGAGUUCACUGCAAACCAGAAUCAGUGUGACCACAGUGAAAUAGUACCCAAACCAGACGCAAAGAGAAGAAGAAUUUCACAGAGCCUUCAUUCUUGAGGCAACCACCCAGUCAAGUUAAAACUGGUGACAAUAGCCAAGUUUUAGAUUUACCUUAAACUUUCUCAGUGAGUUCUUGUGGGUCUAUGCUGUACAAAGAUCAUCCAGGGUGAUGAAUAAUCUUCCUUGCUUGGUGACUUGUGUAUAUAUCAUAUUGUGUUCUUGUGUAUAUAUCAUAAAUAAAGAUUGUGUUCUU